GCAUGAAACUUAACCUCACCAACCUGCAUCAACUUGUAGACAUAAAACAAGGUUAUCCCCACACAGUUUAGUUGGUGUAGUGUGGUUAACCUUUGGAAGCACGUUGUGGGGAUUGGGAAAUAUUGUUAAUAGUUUUUAGCCGGAACAAUGUAAUCGUUUAUUAUAAGUUAUAGCCCAUGCGAGCUGCACUGAAACAUAUAGUAUUUAUAUGGUGAAAAGUUGCGAAACAUACUUAUCGAUUUGAGUUCCAAGAAAAUGACUAUAUAAAGAUGUCUCUCUCGUCUAGAAGUUCGACCAGGUCUUCGAUUCUUAAGAAAUCAACUACUUUAGAACAGAGAUUAAGUGAAAUUGUGCAAUCGCCCACAAAAGUGAGGUUCGAAUUACCACACUCGAAACGGGUAAAAGAGAUUCUGGAAGAGUACAUAAACCAGCAAGAAGUGCGAAACUAUCAAAGUUUAGUGUGCGCCAUAAGAGACUCGUCUCUAACUGAUAGUGACAUAUUGAGUUUGCUCCAGGAAGCUACUCAAUGCAUUUCAUUGUUAACUAGGGACUUGCGUCUGUUCGUUGACGCUCUGCUUUCGAUAAACUGGGUGGAAAAAAGCCUAGAAGUAGUUAAUGAGUAUCAAUCGUUUAUAGUCAAUUUGGUGUCCGCCCAUAAUUACCACACCAAAUAUGUUGUUGACAAAUUAGUUAGUCUAUUUUUACCAAGUCCAAAGGAUCCGGAAUGGACUAAGGGAAAACCGACCAAGAAAGAAAAAGCCAAAUGUAUGCAUGUUCAUUUACUUUUAAAUGUUUUAUUGUCCGUAGUUCCAAUGUGUAAAGAGAUUUUAUUUAAAGCGAUUAACAUGUACUAUCCUUACUAUAAUAAAUCCACCCAUACUCAAGAGUAUUACCUCCACAAUUUGCUGCAGAUCUUGAAGUAUCAGCCUUCAUUUAGGCCAGAUAUUUUUAAUUUGAUAUUCACAAAGUUGGUGACCAUGGACGUUAACGCUCCAAAAGAUAUUUUGCAACAAAAUUACGAAGAUGAGGAUUUGUUUGCGAUGGACGACGAUUCCAAAUCGAUUGUGUCCAGUAGAACGGCUUUUACAAAUGUGAAUCGGAUCGCUCUUUGUUCCGCUUUGGAUGUAUGCAUGGAUAUGAUGUUAAAAUACAUUGAGAUCGAAUGUCACGACUCGAAGGGCGAACUUGACUGGGAGAAAACAAAAAGUCUCUAUAAUGACAUGAUACAUACUUUCGACAAGAUAAUACUUCCUACAUAUAACACGAAUUAUGUGCAAUUUGUGAUGUUUGUUCUAUGCAGUUUGAAGAGCACGUUAACGGAAGCGUUUUUCAGUUACUUAUGGAAGAAAGUCUGCAAUCCUAACGUGGCAGGCGUGCUAAGACAAACGGCUAUCACUUAUAUCGCUAGCAUGAUAGCGAGAGCAAAUUUCGUUACUCUAACAAUGAUUAAAAGUAGCCUGCGGGAAAUAAGUGACUGGAUCCACACUUACGUGACUAACCAGGACGGUUUGGAAAGCAUUAACUGUGACGUCAGGGUUCAUUCGGUCUUUUAUAGUGUGUGUCAGGCUUUGUUCUACGUCAUCGCGUUCAGGCAUAAGGACCUCAUCACAACCAAGAAAAGUAAGGGACCCCGAAGCUUGUCCUCAAAUGAGCAAUUGUACUUAAUACAAUACAUUUUAGACAUUAUGUUCCUGGAAAGCCUAAACUUGACAAAAAUCGUGACAAGUCGAUUGAAUCCGCUACGCGUUUGUCAGAAAGCGGUGGUGCAAAAUUUCGCGGCGGUGACUAGAAAGUACCAGCUCGCCUAUUGCUACACGAUAAUAGACCACAAUAAUCGAAACACGAUGCCUCUAAUUUAUCAGGACGAGAAAGGCUCUUCCGUUAUCUCCAACAAUGUUUUAAGCGAUUUUUAUCCCUUUGACCCAUAUAUUCUAGAAAGGUCAAGUAGGUAUAUUCGAGAUUUGUACAUAGAAUACGACAAUCAGUUAGAAGAAUCACCUUCAACAGAAGCCGAUCAUAGAGAAGCUAUGGAAGUGGAUGACUUCCUGGAGAGCAAUCAGGAGGCCAACAGCUCCAAGAGUUUACAAAGAUUUUCUUACGGCAGUUCACCAGGAUUUAAAUUUAAAUAAUGUAACUUAUU